GCGGUUCCCGGAUGUUUGCUGCCGAGUGGAAAGCGGACGGGAGAAGGUGGGGAAGCCGAGGGAAAGCACUGACCGACACACCGGUAGGGGCAGAGCGGGUCUGACCCGGGACAAACACCAAAAACUAUACAGCGGGGGGAGCAGAGCCCAUUCCCCAGGGCAAAGAAGAAGACAAAGUAGCGGUGGAGGGGGGUGGACUGUUGUUCCAAUACGUACCCGGACCGGUCCAGCACCACCAACCCGGACUCGUCAGAAUAACUGAGUAGGAGCAAAGGCCACACUGUGAAGUAAGGGAGCCAAGAGCCCAGCCCUUGUUUUCAUCUUCAGCUGCAAGUUCACAAGCCCUCCUCGGCCCCAUAAUGACGUCCGAGCUGGAGAGCAGCCUCACCUCCAUGGACUGGCUGCCACAGCUCACCAUGCGCGCCGCCAUCCAGAAAGCAGAUGCGACACAGAAUGCCCACGGACCGGGCAUGACCAAGAAGAACGCCUUGCUGGACCCCAACACCACUCUGGACCAGGAGGAGGUCCAACAGCACAAGGACGGCAAGCCCCCGUAUAGCUACGCCAGCCUCAUCACAUUUGCUAUCAACAGCUCUCCAAAGAAGAAAAUGACUCUGAGUGAAAUUUAUCAGUGGAUCUGUGAUAAUUUCCCUUAUUACAGAGAAGCUGGCAGUGGUUGGAAGAACUCAAUUCGGCACAAUCUAUCACUGAACAAGUGUUUCCUCAAAGUGCCUCGCUCCAAAGAUGACCCAGGGAAGGGGUCAUAUUGGGCAAUCGACACAAACCCAAAGGAGGACUCUCUGCCCACCCGGCCAAAGAAGAGGCCCCGAUCUGGAGAGCGGGCCUCAACUCCAUACAGCCUGGACUCUGAUUCUUUGGGAAUGGACUGCAUCAUCUCUGGAAGUGCCUCUCCGACUCUGGCAAUGAACACUGUGACUAACAAAGUAGCGUUGUAUAACACAGAUCAGGAUGGGAGUGACAGUCCCCGGAGCAGCCUUAACAACAGCCUCUCAGACCAGAGCCUGGCAUCUGUGAACUUGAACAGCGUCGGCAGUGUGCACAGUUACACACCGGUAAGCAGCCACCCUGAGCCUGUGUCCCAGUCCAUGACUCUACAGCAGCAGCAGCCACCGUCGCAGGCUCAGUACAGCAUGCCAGAGCGGGACAAACAACUCCUCUUCUCCGAGUAUAACUUUGAAGAUCUCAGUGCCUCCUUUCGCAGCCUUUAUAAAUCAGUCUUUGAGCAGUCUUUUAGCCAGCAGGGUUUGAUGACUAUGCCAUCGGAGUCAACGCAGCAACAGACCCACACGUCCUGUUCCUACCAACAAUCCCCUAGCAGCACAGUGAGCACUCACCCACACAGCAGCCAGAACAGUCUGACAAACAGUGGGGGACAAGUCCCCCUGUCCCACCCCCAACAAAUCCACACGCAACAGCAGCACCCGCAGAACACCCAUCCUGUGCACACUUCCCCACACCCCCAGCAGCACAGCCAGCACCUUUCCCAGCACCCUCAGCAGCAUGGGCAGCACCCUCAGCAACAUGGGCAGCAUCCUUCCCAGCAUCCUCAACAGCACGGACAGCAUCCGUCCCAGCACCCUCAGCAACAUGGGCAGCACCUUUCCCAGCAUCCUUCCCAACAGCACGGGCAACACCCUUCCCAGCAUGCUCAGCAACACGGACAGCAUCCUCAGCAACACGGACAGCACCCUCAGCAGCAUGGGCAGCACCCCUCACAGCACCCACAUGCACAGCAGCACCACCAACCGAACCACCAGCCCCUCUCGCACCAGGCCCAUCCGGCACAGCAACAGAUGCCCUGCAACACUGGUCUCCCAUCAGACUGGUACCCCAAUCUCGAUGCACUGAAAGAGAGCUGCCGCAUUGCUAGCAGUUAUAACUGGGCUGACGUGGACCUGUCACCGUUUCAAGGAUUAAAGGAGAGUAUGAGGCAGGCAGACCUCAAUAACUGGUCCUUGGACCCUUCCCAGAUUGCAGACCUCUGCUCGUCUAUCAACCAGUUUUUCACUCGGACUGGAGUCAUCCCGCCACAGGGAGUCGUCCAGCCACCUGUGUGUCACACCAUGCACUCAAACAAGCCUAGCCAGCACAUUGCUCCAGGAAAUAUAUACAUUGACUCCAGACAAAGCCUUCCAACUUCAAUGAUGGGUCCCCCAGGUUAUCCCCACAUCCCCCCUCUUAACAGUGCAGGACCGACGAUGACAGGACAUCAUGCGGCAAUGAACCAGCAGCACAUGCUAUCUCCUGCAAACUUCCAGAUGCGCCGGCUGCCUGCGGAUGAUAUCCAGGACGAUUUUGACUGGGAUUCCAUCGUCUAGGCCUCCCCCUGGACUGAAGGGAGGGGAGCAGGAGUUUGCCAGGCCGUGCUGCCCACUUGCUGUGGAGGGAGACAAUCUGGACAGGAAUCUUCAGAAGUACAUGCGUCAUUUUGACAAGACACUUCGGAGUCCUGAUCUUUAAAAUAAAUAAAUAAAUAAAUAAAAAUAAAAAGUUACUUUGAAGACAAUCAAAAUAUGUAGUAGGACAAGUUUAAAUUAUCGCUUUGUACUUGUCAAGGGGGCAAGAGUAGAUGUUUUGUCAAGCACACCCCCCCCUCCUCACAGAACUCCUGUAACUUCUUACUGUUGUGUGACGGGACAGCUUUUCAGAUUAUAACCUUCUCGUGUUGCCUGACAGGCCUCAGCUGCCACUUGGACAUGGUUUUCUCCAUAUGUGUAACAACUCCGUCCCCUUUUGAGCAGUCAGGCUGGGUCUGCUAAUUGAUUCUCAUGCCGUUGUGAGAUCUCAACAUAACAAAGCAGGUUGAAAUUAGGCAAAGCGCCAUCAGUUUGUAUGUUUUCAUUUCAUGGGGUGAAAGCUACAUUGAAGUAAUUCUUUUAAUGGGGUUUAAAUAACUGGUCUUUGGUUUUUUUAUUUUCAAAACCAAGGACUGCUUAUAUAGCACUAUUAGCUCAAAUAAAGGGUCUGUUUAAUGCUUCUUCCCUUACAGUAUUGUGAUUUUAUGUCUGUUUUUUUUCACAGCAAAUCUCACUGUAGGAUUGAGUAUAAACAUUUGCUUGUAGAAAUAAAUCCCUGCUCAAAUACAAUAACCCAUAGUGUGCAAAUGCUGUUAAAGACAAUUCACUUCUGAAUUCUCAUCAUGGGCAUUAGAUUUUUGAAAUCUGGAGACACAGGAGGCACCCCUAUCCCCUAGUGCAGACUGCACUAUGUGAAGGCUUUUGGUACAACCACAGUUCAGUGUCAGUUCUAAAAGCUACUGACAUGGGCCAUUAAGCCCUGUGUGCCUCCUGGAGAAAAGGAAAAAGACAAUGUGUGUUUGUCAUGUGGUGAGUUGUUGGUAUUGAAACUCCUGACUCAAAGCCAGGCAAAGGGGUUUAGCUCUUGUGUCUCCACACAUUUCCAGCUGAGGGUCGUCCACUGUGCCAGGCAUGAUGAGCCAGAAGUAGUUUGGUAAAAUUGCUCCUAAUUUCAAAAUCAAUUGCAAAAUUCUAACCUAUUCACAAAUAAAUAAAACAUUUUUAUGAGAUCAGUUUUUUUAAAAAUUUUAUUUUUAUUUUUUUACUUGCACAUCUUAUGUUGUUUUGAGUGUGUCCUUAAGUGUUUUGUGUGUGUGUGUGUGUGUGUGUUGUUUUUCUAGGAUAGCACUCCAGUUAAAGCAAGCCUUUUUUUUUUUUUUUUUUUCUUUCCAACACGCUCAUGGGUCAAGAGUAGCCUGCCUGAAACAUCCAUGGCAGGUAAAUUAGUGGGUGGGGAUUAUCGGUUUGUUUGCUCUGUUUUUACAUUUCUAGGAGUGACCUUUUAAUUUAAGAGCCUGGUAACCAACCGACUUGUGAUUAUCUUGCAUUUGUUAUUGCAUGGGGGGGUGUUAGUAAAUGACCUGCCUGUUUAUGCCCCAGCUGGAAAUGGCUCCAGAUGGAAAUAUUGCACUGUUGACAAAUUGAAAAUCUCUGUUGCCAGGUGUCAUAUUUCACAGAUAAACCAACAUACAAACAAGUGUAGACAAAUUAGUACCCUAAACCUGUAUUCGUUGCAUGCUUUUAUGGUCAUUGUGGCUAGUAUGAAAGGCCAUGCCUCUGUGCUAUUGUUGAAUAGUAUUGGGUUUGCAGGAUAGUGUGCCAUCUAGUGUUAAUUUCUGCAUGAAAUAUUUCCAAAUGAACAAGGUGGGGGUAUUUCCCUGUGGAGCGGAUAGUUGCAGGUUGCUUUGGACCCUUGACACUGUGAUGUAUUUAAAUGAUAAAAAUAGAGAUGCGUUAAAAACAUGUUGGGUUAAAAUGCAUUAGCUUAGACUACCAGUAGGUUUGAAAAACUCCCCAUAGGAGUGGUGAGAGUCGCCUUACCACAGGGGAUCCUUGUUUUGAAUCUCAGCUUAGCCCCUGAAUCACUGUGUGACCAUGAGGGAACACCCUGUGCCUUAGUUUGAAAUUGGGUGCAACAAGACCUCCAUUGGUAAAGAGGUUUGCUGCCUUGAUCAACAAUAUAUUAAGAAAUCAUUUGGUAAUUAAGUGUGUGUAGGAAGUGAGGGCAGGGUAUGCAUUGUGUUCUGUAGAGAGAAACUGGGCAGAUUAUGCGUUGUGUUGUGCAGAGAGAAAUGGGGCAAGUUUUGCAUUGUGUUGUGCAGAGAGAAAUGGGGUAGCUGCUGAAGGUUAAAUGUAAAUUAAUCAUAAGCAUCAUCUUUAACCUAAUCUAGCACAAAACGGGGACAUUUUGAAAAACUGUUUGGGGAAUACAAGGAUACAAAGUCGAGCACUUUUGGGAGAAGCUUAUCAAAGCCUUUAGCACUGACUAACAUUGUGAAAGGCCUGGUCCUCUUUUGAAAAGGACAGGAACUUCAAGCAAGGUCUCAGACCUUGGGAAGAGAGCUCUAACAAGCAAUGCUACUGAGGCAAUGCAAGCCAAGCUAACAAAGCAGCGUUUCCCUUGGCUCUAAGAAAAAUUCUCCAGGGCUGAUGUGCCUGCAGGGGGAUUAUUUCUCGGCCUGUUUCAGUUUCACCUCUUCUAGGUGUGCACUGUAAUUAGAAAGCAGGAUUUAGGGGGAAGCAGUGGACUAGUUCUGAUAAUCCCUUGCUCUUUCAGUGUUCACCACACACAGAUACACAGGAGGUUAAUUUCGUGCUGCAAGUGGUGUCAAUGCAAGUCUUACCAAAGCAGUGUCUUUAUUUUGUUACCAUGUGUUUUACAAACUUGCACAUUGAUACUAUAACCAGCUGUCCUGUUUGGCUCUCAGAAUUGUUGCUGACACACAGUGGAGUUUGGUUUUGUUUUAUUGUGUUUGUAUUCUAUUCCUUAAAUUGGCAACUGAAUACUAAGGGUAUCAUGCUGGCAGUUUUCUUUUUACAGCAUAAUAAACAGUUGAAAAAAAUGGGAAGUGCUGUUAGCAGAAGUGUAAGGGGAGGAUGGGUUUAAUUAUCUUUGUCUGAUUUCACAGACCCAGAUUAGCCCAUGUUUUGGACUGCCUUACCUAAAGUAAGAUUCUGUAGUCCAAAGCUUUGAUGGGUAGACCCGAUUUGAACCUUUCCAGUUGUGUAAACUGUGUUGCAUCUUCACAAGGCUAUCAGGGUGUUGUUUUCAGUGGUAGAGGAAUUGCAUAAAGGGGUACUGCACAAUGACAGGUAAUUAAACCCAGGAAUUGCACAAUGACCAGUGAUUUAAACCCCUUUCAUCCAGACAGCGGGAUCUUUCAGACCUAUCUGUUUCUAAAACCUUAAGGAAUACAAAUGCACAACAAUCAAAGGCUAUUUGUCAAAGUUGUGAAAUUGAUGUAUUUCAGGAUCACAAACAUGUAACUUUGACAUUUUCCAAUUGCUGGGCAAAACCCAGCCUUUCCUCCACAGAAAAGUUUUUUCAAAGGCGCCUGUGUAGUCUUUACUCAUUGGAACCCUCAAUUGUGCCAUGCCUUACUAUUGGUAUUACUGGCUUUGAAUAGAAAAAAGUACUUCUUAAAAAGCAAGGUCACCAAGGCCAAGCCCUGCUUCAGUGGCUGUUUCUGUUAGGUGUGUCUUCUAGUAGGUUUGAUACAGUAUGGGUCAGCUGAAUGUCACUUCCCUUAGUUAGCUACUUAUUACUAUAGAGUGCAGUCUGCACCAAAGGUAAACACUCCAGUAAUUUUAUAAAAGUUUUCUAAUAAACCUUUAUCACUGCAUUUUUUGUAACAUUGCCAGUUUUCAUUUCACAACAAUGGUACGAAUUGCACACUGCAGUAAAAAGCCUUGAUGAAUAGAGCCAUUGUAGCCGUAACAGAAGCUCAUUCAUUUGCAACUCCUAACUAGGGUGCAGUAACUGACAGUAAUUGUGUGUUAUUAGGUGUCAUCAGAAUUGUACUCAAAAUUAGUAAUGCCAAAAAAAUUAGUACCCAUUUGUUAAAAUACUAAUGACUUAGAAUUCCUGUUGGUUGCCUCCCACCCAAUAUAAAUCCUCACCCAUUUUAUUUAAUCCAUCUGUAUUAUGACUAUGUUUUUAAACCAUGGGCUGCUAGUAAGGUAAUUCUUUCUACAUGCUGUAUGAGCAAACCUAAAGUCAGUUAGGAUAGCUGCUUUAACAAGUGUUCCUAAUAUGACUUUCCUAAACAAUACUGUUAAAAUGUGCUUCCUGUUUCCUUUAGAUAUACAGAUGCGUUUUGUGUGUAUUAUGUCAGAUGAUAUUUUGAAGUUGGCUCCUGACAAAGCUACGUUAAAGACAAUGGUGCCUUCCUUUUUUUUGGGGGGGGGGGUGCACAGUUAUGGUUUCUCACAGCACCGAGAUGGGGAGUAGCAGGUGUACCCCAAACAUUGCAAUCUCACACUUUUUUUUUUUUUUUUGGCUGUGAGCAAAGCAAUAGAGAAGAAAGAAACAAUGUCAACACCCUGUUUUUAACAAUAGCCUGUGUGUGUGUGUGUGUCUCUCUCAAGUGUUUUUAAAUAAAUUGAAGAACAGCAUUUUUGCUCUACUGGUUCACAUGCAAAGUGGCUUGUUACAGUCAGGGGGAAAACUGCCAACAAGUACUGGUAUUUGAGGCCUAUUAUGUUAUUCAGUGUUGGUGUGUUAAUGUGCUUUAUUGUAAAUAUGUGUCUUUUAAAUGGUCCUUUUUUCUCUGGGUGGGAGGGGUGAUAUGGGAGGAUAAGGGGAUUAUUGAUAAAAGAAAAGAAUAUUGAGUAUUUUGUUAUUGUUCAUUCAGAGGGUGAUAUGUAUAUAUCUAUAUUGUAUAUAUGUGAUGAAAAUGCGUUUGCUUUUUGUGUGACACUACCUUGUACUGCUGUUCUACAGUCAGUGUUUUAAUGUUUAUAAAGUUUUUUUGUUUUUUUUUUGUUAUUGCACGGUUUAUUACUUUUGCUCUCAGAGGAAAUGACACAGCUACUCUUUGUAUCGGUUUAGUGCUGUAAAAUAACUCCACAGUGUCAUUAGGAUUGUCGCUGCCAGACCCGAUAUGCAUGAAUGGCACUUACAAAAUAAAAUAUGUUAACUUCA